AGGGCUUGGCUGGAGUCCAUGUUAGCAGCAGGGGAGUGGAGCAGUCAGUAGGGGAGGAACACCGAGUGGCACGUGGAGAGGCAGUAUUUCACUGAGCUGGAGGAGCUACAGAGCUGCGGAGGAGGAGAGAGAAAAAGAAAGAGGGAGAGAGUGAGAGAGAAGAGAAAAGGUGGAGGCAAAACACAAGGCUUCUUCUCCUUAGUAAGCAAGUGAGCAGUGCUCCAAAAUCAGCACAGCACCCUUGACUGACACACACUCGUGCGUACACACCCACACCCAGCACUUCUGAGGUUGUGGAAUGCGCCUGUUGUGGUGGAGACUGACAGGGCAGGCAGCCAGGGUUGAGUCACAGCACUGCGCUUUCUAUAGAGGAACGCCGGCUGCGCCCCUGGAAACACACACACACAUACACACACAAAGCUUUGCACAUUCAAAACACCACUGAAUGCUACGGACAUCACCCAGAUACCUCCACGCCCAAGGAUUAAUGCACAAGUGAUGCUCCAGUGACUGCAUGCAAACUGGAAGCACAACUAUCAUCUCUGCGCUGGAUGAUGGAUGCUCCUUGUCCUGGAUGGUAGGCAUUGAGGGACAUUUCUAUAGGAUUGUGUCUACGUUGUCUGAGUGUCAGGAUGGCUGCAGGGAUCUGGACCCUUGUACUUUUCGUGGCACUGUGCAAAGAGUCUUCUGUACGUGGAGCAAAGAAUAACUAUCCAAGAUUACGGCUGUCCCAUAAAGAGCUGUGGGAGAUGAACAGGACAUGGGUGUUCCAGGCAGCAGAAGGGAGUCUUCAGCACUACAGUAUGCUGCUGGAUGAGACUCAGGAGAGGCUGAUAAUUGGAGGGAAAGACACACUGUACUCUCUAAACUUGGACAGAGUCAGUGAACCUCAUAGAGAGAUUCACUGGGCCAGCUCUGAGGAGCAAGUAGAGGACUGCCUCAUGCAGGGCAGGGAGAAGCCGGAAUGUGCUAACUACAUCAAGAUAAUUCAGCCAUUUAACAACACUCACCUGCUAGUAUGUGGGACAGGAGCCUUCAGCCCCAUGUGCGCCUACAUCAGAGUCGGCCAUGGUGUACAGGAAGGAGUGUUUCAGUUGGAGUCGGAGCACAUUGAGAGCGGCAGAGGGAGAGCCCCGUUUCAUCCCAACAGCCCCACGACGUCCACAGUGUUCAGGGAUCAGCUGUUUGUAGGGCUGUACACUGAUUACUGGGAGAACGAUGCAGCGCUGUAUCGUCUCGGCAGUCACAGCUAUACCAGGACAGAAGUAGGAGACAGACAGCAGCUAAAUGAGCCCAAGUAUGUUGGUUCUGUGGUGAUCCCUGAUAAUGAUGACCCAUCUGAUGACAAAGUUUACUUCUUCUUCACCGAGAAAGUAUCCACCACAGAGGCAGGAAAUAAAGCUGUCUACAGCAGGGUGGCCCGUGUUUGUGCAAAUGAUCAGGGUGGCCAGAGGAUGCUGGUGAAUAAGUGGAGCUCUUUUCUCAAGGCCCGUUUGAUAUGCUCAGUGGCAGGACCCAAUGGCAUCGACACCCACUUUGAUGAGCUGGAGGAUAUCUUUGUGCUUAAGAAAAAAGAUGACAAGAAUCCUGGGAUCUUUGGUCUGUUCAGCACAACCAGUGCGGUUUUCAAAGGUUACGCAGUGUGUGAGUAUAACAUGGACGAGAUCCGAGCUGCGUUUAAUGGUCCGUUUGCACAUCGUGAGCACACUGACCACCACUGGGGUGUGUAUGAAGGGAAGGUUCCAUACCCUCGUCCAGGAUCUUGUGCCAGUAAGAUUAAUGGUGGUCAGUUCUCCAGUUCUAAGGGCUAUCCAGACGAGGUUCUGCGUUUCGUGCGUUCCCAUCCCCUCAUGUUCCAGCCAGUGCAGCCGGUCCACAAGAGGCCCCUUCUGCUGGACACAGAUGGCGAACGCAGACUCACCGAGAUCGCGGUAGACAGAGUGGAGGCAGAGGAUGGACAUUAUAAUGUCCUGUUCAUUGGGACAGAUGAUUCAGUCGUGUUAAAAUUGAUCACCAUUUUCAACAAAGAGUCCAACACAAUUGAAGAAGUGCUUCUGGAGGAGCUUCAAGUCUUCAAGAUUCCAGUGCCAAUUACAGAAAUCAUCAUAUCAAAUAAAAGGCAACACCUGUAUGUGGGCUCGGAGUUGGGAGUGACGCAGGUUCAAGUGCACCAAUGUGGCCUGUAUGGUUCAGCCUGUGCCGAUUGCUGCCUAGCCAGAGACCCAUACUGUGCCUGGGAUGGACACACCUGCUCCAGAUACAUACCUGCUGGCAUUUACACACACAAGAGGCGGUUCAGAAGGCAGGAUGUCCGUCACGGCAAUGCAGUGCAGCAGUGUAAUGGUCUCCCGCUGAAUGAGGCUCAGGUUGUAUCAGAGAAGUUAGUGUAUGGAGUGGAAAACAACAGCACUCUGCUGGAGUGUAGAGCUCGAUCUCUUCAGGCUUUACUCACAUGGUACAUUGUGAAAGGCACAGAUAAAGAAGAGAUAAAAGACAAUGAUCAUGUUAUUCAGACGCCUCAUGGCUUAUUGUUUCUGAAAACAAAGAAGUCUGAUACUGGUGUGUACCUGUGUCAGUCUGUAGAGCAUGGCUUUGUCCAGACCAUAGCCAGGGUGAUUCUGGAGGUGUUGGAAGAAAACACACUGGAGAAUCUGUUCCACAGAAGGGACUACGAUAACAGCGAGGACCAACUGCGUUCUCCACCAUGCCCCUUCCCAAGCCUCCCGUCUGCCCAUUCCUCCAGAAAGCUCUGGUAUAAAGAAUUCAUGCAGCUGAUUGGCUACAGUAACUUCCAGCGGGUGGAGCAGUACUGCGAGAGGGUGUGGUGCGCAUCUGACAGGAAGAGGAAGAAGCACAAGGGCACGCCAGCUAAAUGGCGGUAUUCCCAUGGCGGUGAGCGGCGUGGGAAGGCUCGGGCACCCAGACACACACGGGACUAGUUAAGAACCCAGUAUACCCUGAACUGAACAGACAGACCACAGGGGUUGAGUUCACACAUCCAGAUAAUAUCCAGGCUUAUUUUUGCGCGUUACUGUGUACUGAGUAAAAUGGAAAUUAAACCAAAUUAUGUUUGAGUUGUAGUAGUAUCAGCUAGGAAUGCUUUUCCAGACACUAUUAAAUGUUUGUGCCAUUCCUUGUCAAUGUAUUUUCCCACCUGAACCCAACCUGAAUGUGUGUGUCUGGAGAUUUGGUCCUCAGUGUUUGGUUUUGGAAUGUAGUAAAUAUUAGAAGGUGUAGAAUUGAUGUAUAUAUGUAACCGUGCUUUGGUGGUAAAGCUCAUUAUGAACAUUACAUUCAUAAGCUGCUGCUGAAUUUACAUACACAGGAACUUGUUUAGGUGACAUUUCGAACAGAAAAGCGAAAAGCAGUGACCCCACUGUUUUCUUGUCACACUCUGACAAACAUGGGCAUGCAGUGCUUCCAUUUACAGCGGCGUGUGCUCUCAUGUGAGAAGCAGCAGAAUAACUUUUCCUUGUUCAACAGCCAAAAAAAAAAAAGAUAGAUUCGAUAAGGAUUACGUCCUCCUGAAUAGGAUGACUCAUUACUCCGAAAAUAGUUAACACUGUUCAUUCUCAGACCUUCUGCGCACAAAGACAGGCAAACGUUUUCUGCACAUGCUUUAUGUAUUUAUCACUUGUAUUUUAUAUUAAAUUAUUGUAGUUGGUGUUUGGUAGUGGUUUUAGAUGUCCCCCUAUUAGUUUGAACUGGAGAUAUGUUGUUGCUUGUGUUUAGUGUGUAGACGUUUUCACUCACUGUGGAAUUUCCAUGUUCAAAACCCUGAUUAUACGAAUAUAAGAACAUACUGUUUCUCUUUGACCCACUGAAAUCGAAUACUAUUUCCAAAAGCAUCAUAAAUUAUAUUAGGAUUCCAUACUUGUAAAUGUAAAUGUAACUGUUUAGGAAUGGAGAUGAGUACCAACAGAGAAGUCCUUCUUUUUCAUGUAGGCUACUCUAAUAAAUGCCAUAAAACCAUUGUGACAUGCAACUUGUUAUACAUAA